UGUAGAAGUCAACAUCUGGAUGGAAACCUGAGUGAACAUCCGCCUGUUGGGAUGGAUCCCUUCAACGUCAGCUGCCCCCCCAACAACCAAUCAAGCUUGCACAGCGUCUUCUCCCGACAGGUGCUCCCUCCGCUCUAUUUCAUCAUCUGCGUCGUGGGCCUGUGCCUGAAUGGCGUUGCGGCCUGGAUCUUCUUCAGAGUCCCCAGUGACUCAGGUCUGGUGGUCUACCUGAAGAACAUGGUGGUGGCUGACCUGCUCAUGCUCGCCACCUUCCCCUUCAAGCUGGCGUUGCAGCUGGGUCUGGGCGGCUGGUGGAUCCAUGUGGUCAACUGCCGCUACACCGCCGUGCUCUUCUACUCCUCCAUGUACGUGGGGAUCGUCUUCAUGGGCCUCAUCAGCCUGGAGCGCUAUGUCAAGAUUGUCCGACACACCUCCUCCUCCUCCUCCACCUCCUCCUCCUGCAGGUCCAGGUUGGGGAGGGGCUCUGCGCUGCACCUCCUGCAGAGUGUCGGCUUUGCCCGGGUGCUGGCGCUCUUCACCUGGAGCCUUCUCCUACUCUGCAACCUGCCCAACGUCAUCCUGACCAGCCAUCCGGCCAAUGAGAUGAACUUCUGCGACUGCAUGAAGCUGAAGACGGACCUGGGCAAGCAGUGGCAUCAGGUGUCCAUCUUCUUCAACGGGUCGCUGUUCUGGGUGACACUGCUGGUCCUCGCCUUCUGCUACGCCUCCAUCGCCCACCAUGUUUACCAGUCGUACCGUCGAGUGCAGCGCAACAACAGCAACGUCUGCCGUAAAUCCAACCGCAGCAUCUUCAGCAUCCUGGCGGUGUUCGUCGUCUGCUUCGUGCCGUACCACAUCUGCCGCGUGCCGUACACUCUCAAUCAGAAGCAAGGAUCGGGCCUCUCCGAGGCCACCCGCUUCCUGCUGUUCCAGCUGAAGGAGGGGACUCUCUUCCUGUCUGCGCUCAACGUUUGUCUCGACCCCGUCCUCUACGUCCUGAUGUGUCGGACCUUCAGAGAGUCGCUGCUGAGGAAACUGUCAGGGAGGGAGAGGAGGAGAUCCCUGACCACCAACCACAGUCUGAGCAACAUUUAGGACAAGAGAGGAAAGAGGAGAAGAAGGGAGACAAAGGAGGAGCAAGAGGAGAGGAGCAGGAGUGGAGUCAUGGGAAAUGAGAAAACCGACAACAGGAGAGGAGAAGAGACAAGAGGAGAGGAGACAAGAGGAGAGGAGACAAGAUAUGGGAAUCAGAUAAAGAAACAAGAGAGGAUGAGAGGAGACAAGGGAGGAGCGAGAGGUGAGGAGACCAGAGAAGGAGAGAUGAGAGGAGACAAGGAAACAAGAGAGGAUGAGAGGAGACCAGGAAAGAAAGAAAGGAGAGAAGGAGCUUCCUAACCACGGCCCAGAGUCUGAGCCACAUUUUGACUAAGCUUUGUUAAAUCUCACAAGUUUAUAUAAAGAGUUCAUGAAAAGAAGCUGAUUCUGAAAGUUAAACCACUUUUAUUCAAGAAGUAAAUCACUGAAUCUCCACGUCGAUAAUAAUCUGAUAAAAAUGUGUAUGAAUGCAGAAUAGUGUAUUUAUACUGGCAGUUAAUGAAAUAACAGUAAGUGAUUGUGUGAUGAAACAGAGGAGCUGCAUGUGAAAAAGAAAAGACGAUGCCACUCUGUGGUUUCUGCGGAUGUGGAAGUGAAACGGGACUCUGAUGACAGGGCAUCAAACGUGUGACACCAGAUUCUGCUGUAGUCGUCUCUCUGGUGUGAAGAACCUGAAUCAUUCAAAGACUGAAUUCUAAUGAAUUCAACUGAGUCUCUUGUUUCCUGUGAAGCCACAGAAACACUCGACUUCUUGUUUCAU